AUGUUUACCAUGGAAUUACCUGAAGAAUUCAUGGAUGAUUUGGAUCUCCGUCCUUAUGGUUACCAAUUAGAAUCAUUGCUGGAUGGACAUAGCUUGAGCAACUACCACUCCCUUUACUACGUGACAAACAUACACACAGGAACAAUUUCAGUGGCAAAGGUUACUGAUAUUUAUGGCGUACCUAAACAAGUUGUACACUCCAUUUAUAAUGAAUCUAAUUUACUGAACUACCUAUACAAUUGUUGGAAAUACCAUAGAAAUGCCCCAAUUGAUACAUUAUAUAGCUUGAAUACAAAUAACAUAUGGAUUAGUACAAUGGCUACCAUGAUCUCUAAUGCCUCAACUUGUACCACACCCUCAAAUGACCAGGAAUUGAUUGACUAUGAAUUGGAUAACUUUUAUUGUAAAUAUACACUAACUACUCGUGUUGAUUCAAAUGAUUUUAUGCUCAACAAUCUAGCCUAUAGGCAAUAUGGCACAAAUGAAACUUACGAUGGCGUAUUUCCAGUUGUGAAGUUGGAAACUACAAUUACUUCAAAUUCGAGCAUUAUAAUGAUCAUUGAAAAUUGCGAAGGUGGUAGUUUAUACUCGCUAAUUGCCAAAUAUAUUGAUAAUAAUACCAAACUACCUGUUGGAUAUAUCAAAUCUAUUAUGUUACAAUUACUAAGUGGCUUAGAGUUUAUCCACUCAAAGAAUGUUUACCACGGUGAUAUCAACCCAUCUAAUAUCCUAUUUGCAGAUAAGCAGCGGACAUUAAUCAAAAUCUCCGACUUUGAAACCUCACAGCGAUUGGACAAUGAUGACAUACAAACUUGUUCAUUGCUAGUCAACACUUCAGCCAACAUGUAUAGAUCUCCUGAACAAAUAAUGGGAUGUGACAAGCUAACCGCUGCAGCUGAUUUAUGGUCAGCAGGUUGUAUAUUAUAUGAAUUGAUAACACUUAAUCAUUUUUUUGCAAGUAACAUAUUUACUGACAAUUCUAACACGGUUGAUGGCGAUGAUGUUACCCCAGUGAAUGUAUAUUACGAAUAUAAAUCGCAACUAAUAAACAAUAUACCGCCAAAAUAUUGUUAUUUUGCGCCAUUAUUGGACAUGUUACUGGAUUAUGAUCCGGUUAAACGCUUGGGUGGCUACAAGUUUUUUAACACAUAUGCAACUUGA